GAACAAAGGCUUCAGUUUUCCGCCCCUCUCUCUUCCCUGAAAGUGGAAUUUUUGCACGACGCCGGGAUCCGCGUUUCUCGAUUCUGCAACAACUCUUCACGCCUGCGCAUGUAGCGUACUCAUGCAAGGUUGCACAUUGCCGUGAAUCUCUCGCUCCGGUAAGGGCUAAUUUCAAUGGACGUUUCUUCGGAUCGUUAUUUUUUAUGAUUUUAAUUUCGUUGUCCUAUGUUCGUUUUCUCGUUUUGCAAGUUCUGUGAUGAGGUUUUGUGUUUUAUGAUUUUUUUAAAAAUCUGCAUUGGCCUAAAUUUCAUGUUUCGGUAGAGUUUGCUUUUCUGAUCAAUGCUCUUGAAUUUUUUUUUAAUGAGUUAAUUGUGUAGUAUUUGAUCGUAAAACUGUUCAUACAUCGAAGAUCGACCAGAAGUGUUUAUAUCGAAGAUUUCUAUAAUGUUGAUCUAGUUAAGGCAGAUUGGAUCGGCUAGGUUUGUAUCAGUGAAUGAAUAGCACAACACAACGUGGAGAAUUGAGGCGUAUGCUUUCGUCCGUGUGAAGCUCAUUUGUGAUAUUGAGAGGCGAACAAUGUGCAGUAGGGGUGAACAUAAUACGGUUCCCCUUUCAGUGCUGCUCAGGCGUGAACUUGCCAACGAGAAGACUGAAAGACCAGAUAUAUUAUCUGGUCAGGCCAGCCAAAGCAAGAAAGGGGAGGACUUGACGUUACUCAAGACAGACUGCCAAAGGACGCUUGGAGAUGGCUUAACAUAUUCUGUUUUUGGGCUAUUUGAUGGACAUAAUGGAUCUGCAGCUGCUAUCUACUCUAAGGAGAAUCUUCUAAAUAAUGUUUUGGCUGCUAUUCCUUCUGAUAUUAACCGUGAUGAAUGGAUAGCAGCGCUACCGAGGGCUUUGGUUGCAGGGUUUGUGAAAACUGACAAAGAUUUUCAAGAGAAAGCACAAACUUCAGGAACAACGGUUACCUUUGUCAUAAUUGAAGGGUGGGUUGUAACUGUAGCAUCCGUUGGUGAUUCACGUUGCAUACUUGAAUCUGCCGAAGGUGGAAUAUAUUAUUUAUCUGCUGAUCAUAGGCUUGAAUGCAAUGAGGAGGAGAGGGAACGCAUUACUGCAAGUGGUGGUGAAGUUGGUCGCCUUAAUACUGGUGGUGGUGCAGAGAUUGGUCCUUUGAGAUGUUGGCCCGGUGGCUUGUGUCUUUCCAGAUCUAUUGGAGAUAUGGAUGUUGGGGAGUUUAUUGUUCCUGUUCCUUAUGUUAAACAAGUGAAGCUUUCUACAGCUGGUGGUAGGCUUAUUAUCUCAAGUGAUGGAGUUUGGGAUGCAUUAAGCGCGGAAAUGGCUCUUGAUUGUUGUCGUGGAAUGCCACCUGAAGCAGCUGCCGCACAGAUUGUUAAAGAAGCUGUACAGGUGAAGGGACUUCGUGAUGAUACAACCUGCAUUGUUAUUGAUAUUCUACCUCCAGAGAAGACAACCCCUCCUUUGCCACCACCAAAGAAGCAAGGGAGAGGAGUCUUUAAGUCCAUGUUUCGCAAAAAAUCUUCUGAAUCCUCCUCCCAUGUUGAUAAAGAAUAUUGUGAGCCAGAUGUGGUGGAGGAAAUUUUUGAGGAGGGAUCCGCUAUGCUUUCAGAAAGGUUAGAUACAAAAUACCCACUCUGCAACAUGUUUAAGCUGUUCAUGUGUGCAGUUUGUCAAGUAGAGAUAAGGCGUGACGAGGGUAUUUCAAUACAUGCUGGCUCAUCUAAUCUAGGGAAAGUACGUCCCUGGGAUGGUCCUUUCCUUUGCUUGAGCUGCCAAGAGAAGAAGGAAGCCAUGGAAGGGAAAAGACGACCAGCAUCCAGAUAUAGUAGUGGAAGUGAUUAGAGAGCCCUCCAAUUGUAUUUGCUUUUGUCACCACAGAUGGUUGUUUCAGAGCCGAUCAUAAAUGGGAAAUCAAAGCUUUGUUACAUUAUUAGUUUACUUCUUCUCAUAUGGGGUUGAGCUUAUGUUCAAUUUGACGCCACUUCAGUACCCACUGCCUCUUGGGAUCUCUCCUGAGUUUGUUCAUGCAAAUCAAAUGAUCAGUGAUGGCAAGCUGCUUAGUAAAUGUAAAAAUCUGUUCUCUAACCCGGAAGGAUAUACAAAAAAUGGCAGCCUCCCUUGGAAGACUUGUGGAAGGCUGUGAUAAACUUAGCAAUGGACUACAAUGGCUUUUCAGGUAAUUAUUAUUUUUUAAUGGGGUACAGCGUCCUUUCCUUUCAUAGAGCUGAAAAAUGAAUGAAAGUGGCCUUCACCCCAAUGUUAUAUGAGGGUUUGGCAUGAACUUGUAGGAUUCAUUACCUGGGAAAGACUGGUUUGAUCAGCUUGCUGAAUGCAUUUUCUCAUGCAAGCAUUAGCUUGAGCAGGCCUUACAGGAUGUAUGGUGGACCUUCGGAAUUUGAAAAAAAAAAAAAAAGAUUAAAAAGGCCACAGUUUUUCCCCAUUCAGCUCUAGUUUCCACUAACUGCUCCCCUUCUGCCAAGUUCUGACUGUAGGAUAUUUAUGUGUAGAUAGCUGCCUCAUUCUCUAAUGAAAAUUAUUUAUAAUUGUAUCUAUAGAUUUGCAAGAUUGUUAUAAUAAUAAUUAUAAUUAUUAUUUGUCAAAA